GAGACACCCUCGAGACAGGAAACUGCCAUGGCCGCCAUGCCUCCACCACCAUUCGUCGUGCCACCGCCUCUUCCGCCAGGGUGGACGGAGCAUACUGGUCCGAAUGGCCAACCGUACUACUUCAACACACACACGCAGGAGUCCACGUACGUCCGACCGCUCCCGGCGUUCCCCAUCAUUCCUCAGGCUGCCGCAGCACCCGCGGCCUCUGUUCCCAAGAAGCCUAAGAAGGAGAAGCCGGUGGUGAAGACCCCGAUCCCGGGGACUGAAUGGCUGCGUGUCAUCACGAACGAGGGGAACACGUUCUACACGCACACCGCACGAAAGCAGAGCGUGUGGACCGUCCCCGACGAGAUAAAGGAGGCGGUGGAACAGCUCGAGCGCGAUGAGGCGCUGAAGAAGGCUAAGGAGGCUGAAGAGACUGCGCGCAAAGCUGAGGAGAAGAAGGCGGCGAGAGAGGCCGAGCGGAUACUGGUCGAGGCGCAAGGCAUCGCGGUGAAGCGCAAGGCGGCGGAGUCGGUCCCUAUGGACGAGUUCGUGGUGUCGAAGAAGGCGAAGGUGUCUGGAGAGGCGGAGGAUGAGGGCAUGAGUGACGAGGAGGAUGACGAGGAUAGCGAUGAGAGCGAAGAGGAAGAAUGGCAGAAAGAGGCGGCCGCACAGCUUGCGAAGGAGGCGGAAGAGGAGAAAGUGCGACAGGAGGAAGAGCGGAAGCGGGAAGAGGAGGAGGCCCGCAAACUCAAAGAAGCGGAAAAGCAGAGGGGCAAAGCCCAGCUCCACAUGCCAGAGCGCGUCGACCUUUCGAUCGAGGAGGCCAAGGCAUUGUUCAAGACACUCCUUCGGGAGAAGAACAUCAACCCCCUCCAUCCUUGGGAUACAUCGCUGCCGCUCUUCGUGUCAGAUCCGCGAUACGUGCUGCUCCCCUCAGUCUCCGCGCGACGGGAGACUUUUGACGAGUAUUGCCGAGAACGCGCUCGGGAGCUCCGUGAAUCCAAAGUGAAGGUGGAGAAGGUGACCGUAGACCCGCGCCAAGAAUUCGAGCGCCUGCUCAAAGACGAGGUGAAGAGCACACGGACCAGCUGGACCGAAUGGCGAAGGCAGUGGAAGAAAGACCGUCGAUUCUACGGCUGGGGGCGCGACGAUCGUGAACGUGAGAAGCGUUUCAGGGAGUACCUCAAAGAGCUCGGUGAACAAAAAAGAGCGGCGGCACAGAAGGCCGAGAAAGACUUCUUUGCGCUGCUCAAGGAAAGUGGCUUGGCCAAACCUUCGACCGUCUGGAAAGAUAUCAAGAAGCACCUAGUCUCUGACCCGCGAUAUGAUGCGGUGGGCUCAUCGUCUCUGCGCGAGGAGCUCUUCAAUACGUAUCUUAAGGCGGGUGUAGCAUCUGACGAGCCUGCGGAAACGUCGACACCGAAAGAUGGUGCGGAGCAGCAGCCCGCAGAAGACGAUCAUGAACGAGAUCGCAGGAAGAAGGAACGCAAGGAGCGCGCCGUCCUGGACCGCGAGAACAAGGUCAGAGUAGAGCGGAGCAAAGUGAACGCCGAGAUCGACCGCUCAAAGCUUGGCCUCACGAGGGAAGAAGGGGAACUUGGGUUUAGGACGAUGCUGACUGAUGCCAUCCGGGACCCACAGGUCACUUGGGAAACCGUCCUGCCUCAGCUUCAGACAGAUCCGCGAUUUGUCAACUCGCCCUUGCCCCCCAAUCAACAACUCCACCUGUUUCAUGCGCACGUUAACGCGUUGCGCGCUAAGCAUUUGGAGACAAUGCAGGCGCUCUUCGCGUCGCAUGCGCCGGCGUUGAACACGCCGUUCACCGCGCUUCCUGUCGCAACGUUGCUCUCGUCACCUCCUACACUCAAACUUGGCUUUGACGUUGAUCAGCUUGAACGGGAAUUCGACAAAUGGCAGAGGGAGCGCUGGACCGCGUCGCGUGCAGCCUUCGAUCAGAUGCUGGGUGAAAACACCUUUGUCGAGUUUUGGGGCCGGCUUGGGAAGAUGGGCGACAAGGGCGUCAACUUUAGCAUCACGAACGAAGACCUUGGUGACGACGACGAGGAGGCACAAGUCGACAUGAAGGUGCUCGCAAAGGGCGUGGAUCUGAAAGAGAUGAUCAAGGUCCUGAAGAACGACAAGCGCUACCUCGUCUUCGAUCACAUCCCUGAGCAACGGGAACAGUGGUUAAGGGACUACCUGUCGCAACUGUCAGCGCCAACGCUAUCCGUGCAUGUACCGGAAAAGUAACCGUUUGUACUGAUACUAGCCACUGUAUUGUUCUCUUCCGGUCCACUCAUACUCG